AUGGUUCACACUAGAGAGAAGCUAUUUAAAUGCUUGGACUGUGGAAAAUGCUUCGCUACGAAUAGCUACUUAAGUAAACAUCAAAAGGUUCACAUAGGGGAGAAGCCUUAUAAAUGCUUUGAGUGUGGAAAGAGCUUCUCUCGGCCUACCCACCUAACUCAACAUCAGAGGAUUCACACAGGAGAGAAGCCAUAUAAAUGCUCGGAGUGUGAGAAGAGAUUCUCUGAUGCAGGCUCCCUAAGAAUGCAUCAGAUGAUUCACACUGGAGAGAAGCCGUAUAAAUGUUCAGAGUGUGAAAAGAGAUUCUGUGCCAUAGGGGCCCUUAAAAAUCAUCAAAGGGUUCACACAGGGGAGAAGCCAUAUGAAUGCUUGCAGUGUGGGAAGUGCUUCUCUCAACGUAGCAACCUAACUACACAUCAAAGGGUUCACACAGGGGAGAAGCUGCAUGAAUGCUUGCAGUGUGGGAAGUGCUUCUCUCAAAGUUACCACCUAACUAUACAUCAGAGGGUUCACACAAGGGAGAAGCUGUAUAAAUGCUCUGCGUGUGAGAAGAGUUUCUGUGACAUUGGCUCCCUAAGAGAGCAUCAGAGAGUUCACACGGGAUAG